GGCGGCGGCAGCAGCGGCGCUGGCCAUGCAGAGCUGCGGGCGAUGGUGGGGGCGGCUGGCGGCCCGCGGGGCGGCGCGGCACCUGCGGCCCGCGGCGGCGGCGGCGGCGGCGGGGCAGCGGCGGUGGGGCGGCGGCGGCGAGGCGGCGCGGUGCAUCGAGCGGCUCCUGCCGCCGCACGACGACUUCUCCCGGCGGCACAUCGGGCCGCGGGACGGCGAGAAGCGGGAGAUGCUGCGGGCCGUCGGCGUGCAGAGCGUCGAGGAGCUGAUGGAUAAGACCAUUCCCGCCAGCAUCCGCCUCCGGAGGCCGCUGAAGAUGGACGACCACGUCUGUGAAAAUGAAAUCCUUGAAACUCUAUACAAUAUUGCAAGCAAGAACAAGAUAUGGAGGUCCUAUAUUGGCAUGGGUUAUUACAACUGCUCAGUGCCUCAGCCCAUUUCACGGAACUUGCUGGAGAACGCAGGAUGGGUUACCCAAUAUACUCCUUACCAACCUGAGGUUUCCCAGGGCAGACUGGAGAGCCUGCUAAAUUACCAGACUAUGGUGUGUGACAUCACAGGAAUGGACGUGUCUAAUGCAUCUCUGCUGGAUGAGGGGACAGCUGCUGCAGAAGCCAUGCAAUUGUGUCAUAGGCACAACAAAAGAAGGAAGUUCUAUGUAGAUGCUCGAUGCCACCCUCAAACGAUAGCAGUGGUCCAGACUAGAGCCAAUUACACCGGUGUUAUUACUGAGCUCAAAUUACCGCACGAGAUGGAUUUCACUGGAAAGGAUGUCAGUGGUGUAUUAUUUCAGUACCCAGAUACUGAAGGGAAGGUGGAAGACUUCUCUGAGCUAGUUGAAAGAGCUCAUCAAAAUGGGACUCUUGCCUGCUGUGCUACUGAUCUUCUGGCUCUCUGUAUUUUGAGGCCUCCUGGAGAGUUUGGGGUAGAUGUUGUCCUGGGUAGCUCCCAGAGAUUUGGUGUGCCACUCUGCUAUGGGGGACCCCAUGCAGCAUUCUUUGCUGUCAAGGAAAACCUAGUGAGAAUGAUGCCAGGCCGCAUGGUGGGCGUUACAAGAGAUGCAAAUGGAAAGGAAGUGUAUCGACUUGCUUUACAAACACGAGAGCAGCAUAUCAGAAGAGACAAAGCUACAAGCAAUAUCUGUACAGCACAGGCUCUUCUCGCUAACAUGGCAGCCAUGUUUGGUGUCUACCACGGUUCUGAGGGAUUAAGGCAUAUUGCAAGACGGGUGCAUAAUGCUACUCUAAUCUUGGCUGAAGGUCUCAGGCGAGCUGGUCAUAAACUACAUCAUGAUCUGUUCUUCGAUACCUUGACGAUCACAUGUGGAUGCUCCAUCAAAGAGGUUUUGGACAGGGCAGCUCUUAGAAAGAUAAACUUUCGGAUUUAUAGUGAUGGCAGACUUGGAGUAUCACUCGAUGAAACUGUAAAUGAAAAAGACCUAGAUGACAUAUUGUGGAUAUUUGGUUGUGAGUCUUCAGCUGAACUAGUUGCUGAGGGUAUGGGUGAGGAAACCAAAGGUAUUCUUAGCACCCCAUUUAAGAGAACUUCCAAAUUCUUGACACAUCAAGUUUUCAACAGCUAUCACUCUGAAACAAAUAUUGUUCGGUACAUGAAAAGAUUGGAAAACAAAGAUAUUUCCCUUGUUCACAGCAUGGUUCCUUUGGGUUCCUGUACAAUGAAGCUGAAUAGUUCAGCUGAACUUACACCUAUCACAUGGAAAGAGUUUGCCAACAUCCACCCUUUUGUGCCUCUGGAUCAGGCUGAAGGAUAUCAGCAGCUUUUCAAGGACCUGGAGAAGGAUCUGUGUGAAAUUACAGGCUAUGACGCAAUCUCCUUCCAACCAAACAGUGGAGCCCAAGGAGAAUAUGCAGGUUUGGCUGCAAUCAAGGCUUAUUUGAAUGCAAAAGGAGAACGUAAUAGAAGUGUUUGCCUUAUUCCUAAAUCUGCUCAUGGUACAAAUCCAGCAAGUGCACAAAUGGCAGGGAUGAAGAUUCAGCCAAUUGAAGUGGAUAAAAAUGGGAGCAUUGACGUCGCCCAUUUAAAAGCAAUGGUGGAUAAACAUAAGGAGAACCUGGCAGCCAUCAUGAUCACGUACCCCUCUACCAACGGCGUGUUCGAAGAGGAGAUUGGAGACGUGUGUGAUCUGAUUCACAAACAUGGAGGCCAGGUUUACUUAGACGGAGCAAAUAUGAAUGCCCAGGUGGGUCUGUGUCGUCCUGGGGAUUAUGGCUCCGAUGUCUCUCACUUAAACCUUCACAAAACGUUUUGCAUUCCCCAUGGGGGAGGAGGACCUGGAAUGGGACCAAUAGGAGUGAAGAAACAUUUGGCUCCCUACUUGCCCACCCAUCCUGUCAUCAAAAUGCAGAUGGAUAAGGAUGCAUGUCCUUUGGGUACUGUCAGUGCUGCACCGUGGGGUUCCAGUGCUAUAUUGCCUAUAUCUUGGGUGUAUAUCAAGACAAUGGGAGGAAAGGGUCUUAAACAUGCUUCUGAGAUUGCUAUAUUAAAUGCAAACUAUAUGGCAAAGAGGCUAGAGAAGCACUACAAAAUCCUUUUCAGAGGAGUAAAAGGUUAUGUAGCCCAUGAAUUCAUUUUGGAUACAAGACCUUUCAAAAAAACAGCAAAUAUUGAAGCUGUAGAUCUUGCUAAGAGACUUCAGGAUUAUGGUUUUCAUGCUCCAACCAUGUCCUGGCCAGUGGCAGGAACACUUAUGAUUGAACCAACAGAGUCUGAAGACAAGGCAGAGCUGGAUAGAUUUUGUGAUGCAAUGAUCAAUAUUCGACAGGAAAUUGCUGAAAUAGAGGAGGGCAGGAUGGACCCCCAAGUUAACCCACUAAAGAUGUCACCACAUACUCUGAACUGUAUCACUUCUUCAAAGUGGGAUCGUCCUUAUUCCAGAGAAGUAGCAGCCUUCCCACUGCCUUUUGUGAAGCCUGAAAGCAAGUUUUGGCCCACAAUUGCUCGCAUUGAUGACAUAUAUGGAGAUCAACAUCUGGUUUGUACCUGCCCACCAAUGGAAGCUUAUGAAUCUCCCUUUUCUGAACAGAAGAGAGCAGCUUCGUAAUGCUGCCUCCAGCUGCCUGGAUUUCUGAGUCCAUCAGGAUGGCUUUUUUGUCCCAGACCUGAUAGGAGAUUUAUAUACUGUGUAUAUUUU